AUGGCCAGCCCCAGGCCGCGCCGCUGCCGGCUGCCCGCUCCCUCGGGCUCCCCCGUCCAGCCCCCGCGCUCUGGCCUCUCUCCCGCGCCCCAGGCCCCGACGCUCCAGAGUCUCCCCGCUGCCCGAGGCACGCCCCUGCGUGCGGAUGACCGGCGCACCCCGAGCGGCCCCGGCCGCCUCGAGUCCUCCUUUUCCGUCGACGCCAUCCUGACUCGACCCGACCCGAGCGCACCCGCAGCCUCCCGGUUGUCAGUCUCCGCCUACACUGCCCCAGGUCUCUGGGCCGCUCCCUCUCAGUCACUGGGGCCGGUUCUGCCCUGGGGUUGCCCGGCAACUUGGCUGCCCGCCUACCUGGGCGUGGGUCUCUACUCGUUGUAUCCCCAGUCCCCUGUGCUGCGCGCGGCUCACUUCUGCAUCCUCCCACGCCUCGGCGUCACAGGCUUGGAGCUGACUCACUGCCUAGGCCUCUGGGACCCCCCCGACUGGUCCCCAGCAGAGGAUCUUCAUGACACUGAUCGACGAAAGAGGGUUAGAACUAUGUUUAACUUGGAGCAGCUGGUAGAGUUGGAGAAAGUGUUUGCAAAACAGCACAAUCUGGUGGGGAAGAAGAGAGCCCAGCUGGCAGCCCGGCUCAACCUUACAGAGAACCAGGUGAGGGUCUGGUUCCAAAACCGCAGGGUCAAGUAUCAGAAGCAGCAAAGGCUGAAACUGCUGGCCCCAUCUGCCAUGGCUGCCUCUCCGGAUGAGCCCUCCAGCAGCUCCGACGCCAGGACCCAGAGUGAAGACACUGAGUCAGGAAUAGACAGCUGA